AUGGAGAAGCUCAAUGCCACGUUAGCUGUCAGCUUCACUGGUUCUUACGAUGAAGGAGCUGGACAAGCUUUUAGAAAGUUUCUUCUACUCUUUGACAGAGUAUUGCUUGAAAGGAGGGCAGCCAAAACUGUGGGACACCCAAAGGUGGGGUUACACUUCCAGAAAGUCUCCAAGAAAAGUAUAGUAAGCAACAGUGUUGUGGGAUCAGGCACAACAGGAAAGUGUGGGGAGAUUCAAGCAGUCAGCGUGAAGGCUGGGGAUGAAGUUCUUCUCCCAGAACAUGGAGGCACCAAAGGAGUUUUAGAUGACAAGGAUCAUUUCUUAUUUAGAGAUGGUAACGCUCUUGGAAAGUCUGUGGACUGA